AUGUCACGUCAACCAUUGUGGCUCCGUUGUGAGACGAAGGAAUUCGAGCGUCGUUCUGCAUUGACUCCGACGACUUCCAAGAAGCUCAUCGAUGCUGGAUUCGACAUUUAUGUUGAGCGAGAUAAGCAGAGAAUAUUUGAUGAUGAAGAGUUCGAGAAAAUCGGUGCCAAGCUGGUAGAGAAUAAUUCAUGGCCAAUAGCGCCGAUCGACGUUCCGAUCAUCGGCCUGAAGGAACUUCAAGUCUCUAACGAGCCUCUACAGCACACCCAUGUCCAAUUCGCUCAUUGUUACAAGCGGCAAGCGGGCUGGAAAGAUAUUCUUGCUCGAUUCGACGCUGGCGGAGGCUCACUCUAUGAUUUGGAAUUCCUCACUGAUGAAAAUGGUCGAAGGGUUGCUGCAUUUGGAUUUCAUGCUGGAUUUGCGGGCGCUGCAGCUGGAGCACUGGCGCUUGUAGCCCAAAGGGAAGGAAAGACUUUGGGAGGGCUAACUCCGUACUUGAAUGAAGAUGCUAUGGUCGCUGAUGUCAAGGCCAAACUUGCAUCCAUCAAAGAAGGAAAGGGUCUCACAGUUCUUGUCAUGGGUGCUCUUGGAAGAUGCGGCCGUGGGGCUGUGGAUUUAUUCAGGAAGAUUGGUAUACCUGAUGGAAGCAUUCUAAAGUGGGACAUGGCUGAGACCGCUAAAGGGGGACCAUUUUCUGAAAUUCUAGACGUGGACAUCUUCAUUAAUUGCAUAUACCUUUCUAGCAAAAUACCUCACUUCAUUACUCUGGAUACAAUUAAUGACGCAGGCGCGAGCCGACGACUGUCGGUCAUCGUUGAUGUUAGCUGCGACACCACCAAUCCUUUCAACCCCAUACCUGUGUACACAGUCAACACGACAUUCAGCUCGCCAACGGUUCCUGUGGCUGUCAACGAGGGGAAUCCCGCAUUGUCGGUCAUUUCGAUCGAUCAUCUUCCCACCCUCCUUCCCCGUGAGGCUUCGGAACAAUUCUCCAGCGAUCUUCUGCCCUCACUAUUGCAGCUGCCUCACCGCCAUAACGCGAGAGUAUGGACGGAAGCUGAGGCUCUCUUUAAGCAGAAGCUUCAGGAUGCUCGCGACGAGCGAGUUGAGGCGUGA